CUUUUUUUAAUAUAUGUUGGUGCAGCUGCUAGCUAGUACCGCAAAAUGGGUAAGGAGAAGGUUCACAUUAACAUUGUGGUUAUUGGCCAUGUUGACUCUGGAAAGUCAACUACCACUGGUCACUUGAUCUACAAGCUUGGAGGUAUUGACAAGCGUGUGAUUGAGAGGUUUGAGAAGGAAGCUGCUGAGAUGCACAAGAGGUCGUUCAAGUAUGCUUGGGUGCUUGACAAGUUGAAGGCUGAACCUGAACGUGGUAUUACCAUUGAUAUUGCCUCGUGGAAGUUCGAGACCACCAAAUACUACUGCACUCUCAUUGAUGCCCCAGGAAAUCGUGACUUUAUUAAGAACAUGAUUACUGGUACUUCUCAGGCUGAUUUCCGUGACACUGACUGUGCUGUCCUUAUUAUUGACUCCACCAAUGGACGUUUUGAGGCUGGUAUUUCCAAGGAUGGGCUGACCCGUGAGCAUGCUCUGCUUGCUUUCACAUUUGGUGUCAAGCAAAUGAUUUGCUGCUGCAACAAGAUGGAUGCCACAACCCCCAAAUACUCAAAGGCUAGGUAUGAUGAAAUCGUGAAGGAAGUGUCUUCCUACUUAAAGAAGGUCGGCUACAACCCUGAGAAGAUUCCUUUUGUGCCCAUUUCUGGUUUUGAGGGUGACAACAUGAUUGAGAGAUCCACCAACCUUGACUGGUACAAGGGUCCAACCCUCCUCGAGGCACUUGACCAGAUCAAUGAGCCCAAGAGACCCUCCGACAAGCCCCUUCGUCUGCCACUUCAGGAUGUCUACAAGAUUGGAGGUAUUGGAACUGUCGCAGUGGGUCGUGUUGAAACUGGUGUCCUCAAGCCGGGUACGGUUGUUACAUUUGGUCCCUCUGGAUUGACCACUGAAGUUAAGUCUGUUGAGAUGCACCAUGAGGCUCUUCAGGAGGCUCUUCCUGGUGACAAUGUUGGCUCCAAUGUUAAGAAUGUUGCUGUCAAGGAUCUCAAGCGGGGAUUUGUUGCCUCAAAUUCCAAGGAUGAUCCUGCCAAGGAGGCAGCCAACUUCACCUCCCAAGUCAUCAUCAUGAACCACCCAGGGCAGAUUGGAAAUGGUUAUGCUCCUGUCCUUGAUUGCCACACCUCUCACAUUGCUGUCAAGUUUGCCGAACUAUUGACCAAGAUUGACAGGCGAUCUGGUAAAGAGCUAGAGAAGGAGCCCAAGUUCUUGAAGAAUGGUGAUGCUGGAUUUGUUAAGAUGAUUCCUACCAAGCCAAUGGUUGUGGAAACCUUCUCUGCGUACCCCCCACUUGGGCGUUUUGCCGUGAGAGACAUGAGACAGACUGUUGCUGUUGGUGUCAUCAAAAGUGUGGAGAAGAAGGACCCAAGUGGAGCCAAGGUGACCAAGUCUGCCGCCAAGAAGAGUGUUUCAAGUCAUCACCGUCUUCUCGAGGAGUAUUGUUCACAGAACUGGGUUCUUGACAGGGGUGGUGAGUACCGCAAAAUGGGUAAGGAGAAGGUUCACAUUAACAUUGUGGUUAUUGGCCAUGUUGACUCUGGAAAGUCAACUACCACUGGUCACUUGAUCUACAAGCUUGGAGGUAUUGACAAGCGUGUGAUUGAGAGGUUUGAGAAGGAAGCUGCUGAGAUGAACAAGAGGUCGUUCAAGUAUGCUUGGGUGCUUGACAAGUUGAAGGCUGAACGUGAACGUGGUAUUACCAUUGAUAUUGCCUUGUGGAAGUUCGAGACCACCAAAUACUACUGCACUGUCAUUGAUGCCCCAGGACAUCGUGACUUUAUUAAGAACAUGAUUACUGGUACUUCUCAGGCAGACUGUGCUGUCCUUAUUAUUGACUCCACCACUGGAGGUUUUGAGGCUGGUAUUUCCAAGGAUGGCCAGACCCGUGAGCAUGCUCUGCUUGCUUUCACACUUGGUGUCAAGCAAAUGAUUUGCUGCUGCAACAAGAUGGAUGCCACAACCCCCAAAUACUCAAAGGCUAGGUAUGAUGAAAUCGUGAAGGAAGUGUCUUCCUACUUAAAGAAGGUCGGCUACAACCCUGAGAAGAUUCCUUUUGUGCCCAUUUCUGGUUUUGAGGGUGACAACAUGAUUGAGAGAUCCACCAACCUUGACUGGUACAAGGGUCCAACCCUCCUCGAGGCACUUGACCAGAUCAAUGAACCCAAGAGACCCUCCGACAAGCCUCUUCGUCUGCCACUUCAGGAUGUCUACAAGAUUGGAGGUAUUGGAACUGUCCCAGUGGGUCGUGUUGAAACUGGUGUCCUCAAGCCGGGUAUGGUUGUUGCAUUUGGUCCCUCUGGAUUGACCACUGAAGUUAAGUCUGUUGAGAUGCACCAUGAGGCUCUUCAGGAGGCUCUUCCUGGUGACAAUGUUGGCUUCAAUGUUAAGAAUGUUGCUGUCAAGGAUCUCAAGCGGGGAUUUGUUGCCUCAAAUUCCAAGGAUGAUCCUGCCAAGGAGGCAGCCAACUUCACCUCCCAAGUCAUCAUCAUGAACCACCCAGGGCAGAUUGGAAAUGGUUAUGCUCCUGUCCUUGAUUGCCACACCUCUCACAUUGCUGUCAAGUUUGCCGAACUAUUGACCAAGAUUGACAGGCGAUCUGGUAAAGAGCUUGAGAAGGAGCCCAAGUUCUUGAAGAAUGGUGAUGCUGGAUUUGUUAAGAUGAUUCCUACCAAGCCAAUGGUUGUGGAAACCUUCUCUGCGUACCCCCCACUUGGGCGUUUUGCCGUGAGAGACAUGAGACAGACUGUAGCUGUUGGUGUCAUCAAAAGUGUGGAGAAGAAGGACCCAAGUGGAGCCAAGGUGACCAAGUCUGCCGCCAAGAAGAGUGGCAAGUGAACCGUGCGGGUUUUGGUUGAUUCAAUAAAAGUCUGUUAUGUUUACUACAAUAAAGCUUUGGUUCUUGUUGGUAGGUCCAUCAUUGGACGUGUAGUUACACUUCUUGAUGGUUACAGUUUCAAGUCAUCACCGUCUUCUCGAGGAUAUUGUUCACAGAACUGGGUUCUUGACAGGCGGUGGUGAGGUUUUAUUUUCGGAGUCCAUGGUGUCUUGUUUGCUGUGUCUUAUGAGUUACAAACUUUAAAUGUUGUCUUUCUGUGUUUAAAUUUAUCAGUGUAACCAGCUCAGGAGUUUUAGGUCUGUUCAUGGCCUCCUCUCCUUGAAUAUAUUUAUAAGCAUUUUUAUGUCCUCUUCAA